CCCCCGCCGCCCCCGCGCUACGGGCCGGGCGGGGAGGGCGCAGCGCCGGGGGCCGAGGCGGGGCCGGCGCUGGAGCCCUAUGGGCUGCUGUACAAGGUGGCCGUGCCACCCACUGCCUUCCCGCCGCCCGUGGUGAGCAUGAGCCCGCUGCCGCCCGCCUUCGGCGUGGCCUCGUCGCUGCUGCCGCAUGCGGGUGUGCCCUACCCGCCGCUGCACUACGCUCAGCUGCCGCCCGCCUCGCUGCAGCUCGUGGGCCCGCACUACACCGUGCCCUAUGCCGUGCCGCCCGGCUUCCUGCCCGGUCCCCUGCUCUCGCCCUCCGCCGGCCUGGGCACCUCGCACGUGCCCCACUUCGUGCCAUACGCCUCUCUGCUGACCGAGGAAGCCGCCGUCUCCCCUCCAACUACCUCUCCUGCCCACGCCUUCAGCAAGCCUGCCUCUGCCCUCUCCCCCUCCGGCCAGGUCCAGCACGACCAUGCUGGGGCCCAGCCUUUGGACAUUGCCCAGGGGAGGCUUCCUGUCUAUUACCACAUGUCCCGGCUGCCCCCGGGCUUCUCGGCAUAUGAGAUGCCUGCUGCCGCUGGAAGCCCAGAUUCUCCCGCACAAGAGAAUCGGAUGAAUUCGGAGGCAGCUUCUGCCAACGGCGGGCAGAGACAUCUGGAGCAUCACGUGGCACGGAGGACUGGCGAGGCUGUCGACUGUGCCAGCGGCAAAGCCGAAGCCCAGCUGUGUGGGGCGGCCGUGGAGUGCGUGUUGGAUGGACAGUUCCUUUCAGGUUACCAGACUCUGAGAACAGAGGUCUCUGUGCCAGCUCACAGAAGCACCCCGGAUACUGACCUGGAGGUACAGAGGGUGGUUGGGGUGUUGGCGUCUCAGGAUUACCCGAUUCUGGCAGCCCAGAAGAAGGAUGGCCUGAGUCCUUUAAACCUUUGCCAUAACAUCCCUGAUCAGCAGGGGGAGUCGGGGGACUUGUGGAGGAGUCCCGUGGAGGCGGCUGCUGCUGCUGCAGAGAAGAACCAGCCCCGGAGCCCUUAUGCAAUGUCCCCCGAGGAGCCAGUCAGACACAGACAGCUAACCAAAGGAAUGGCGAUAGCCAACGGCAAGCCGGUUUUAGUGCCGGUCGGGUCCGAAUCCAUCAGGUCUUCCGCCUCAGAGACCCUGAUACGGCAGAGUCCCAACAUGCUUGCCCGGGGGAACAUGCUGGACAAGGAUUUGGGCCCGGUGCAGCCCCCCAGCUCUUCCCAUCUGCCUUCCCAUUUCAUGAAAGGAGCCAUCAUCCAGCUGGCCACAGGAGAGCUGAAGCGGGUGGAAGAUCUGCAGACCCAGGACUUUGUGCGCAGCGCAGAAGUGAGCGGGGGCCUGAAAAUCGACUCCAGCACAGUGGUUGAUAUCCAGGAGAGCCAAUGGCCUGGGUUUGUUAUGCUGCAUUUUGUAGUGGGGGAGCAGCAGAGCAAAGUGAGCAUCGACGUGCCCCCGGAGCACCCCUUCUUUGUGUAUGGCCAGGGCUGGUCCUCCUGCAGCCCGGCACGGACUGCCCAGCUCUUCUCCCUGCCCUGCCACAGGCUGCAAGUGGGGGAUGUCUGCAUCUCCAUCAGCUUGCAGAACAUGAAUGGCAACUCUGCUUCUCAGGCAACCUGCCCUCCCGCAACCCAGCUGGUGCCUGCCAGGGAGCGAGCUGAUAGAAUGGUGCAGGGGUCCAGAGAGCACCCUCCUGCACCUCUGCACAGUGAGAGGAAGAGCCAGGCAGAAAGGGACAGCGCUGCCCAUGGUGCCUGUGCGGAGCCCUCCCAGCCUGAGCCGGGUGGCCAGCACGGCUGGGCAGCCCCCAGCUUCCAAAGAUGUACCACGCAGGGGGAGGAGCCUCGGCCAUCCCUGCUCCGUCCCUCCUUCAUCCCCCAGGAAGUGAAGCUGUCCAUUGAAGGGCGCUCAAAUGCCGGGAAGUAACGCUGCGAGGCCCUCACCUGGGUCAUGCCCCUGGCUGAGCCCUCCUUUGUCAGGUGGAGAUUUUGCACAGACUGAGCGACGGGCUCACCGGCAAGGCUGCUGUCUGCCCUGCAGAGCUGGUUCGGUUCCUGUUCAGUCACUGAUCAGAUCCUCUCCUGGAAUCCAGAGGGCUCCAGUGCCUCAGGGAGCAGCAGCAACAGGCGAGUUAGGGAUGGAGGAUGGGGGAUGUGGUCAUGGCUGUGUGGCCACAAGCAUUCCAGAGCUCGGGGCUCUCACGCCCCUGAGUGCCUGAGCGUCCUGCAGGCCGG